AUGGGAUGGGCAGUUAUUCAGAGGCAAUCGACGUACUUUACAGAAGGACUUUCGUCUUCAAUGCUUCCGAAUCUUUCCAAAUUCGUCCUCCCCAAACGGCUGGCGGAAAUCACCUUUAUAGAGGCAGUGUGGAGAAUGCCGUCUCUCACUUAUUAUGGGCGGCCGGGUCUACUUAACAGAAAUUACACUUACUCUGGACUCAAAAGAUUCUGGACUGAGCUGUGUACGAUUCUCGCAAACAUGGAAAGCUUGAGUCACCUCAAGAUCGUUCUUCCAGAUUAUCAUGGUCAGGAUAUGCCACUGGAGAACAGGCGAGAAAUGUGGCUGGUACCACUGGACAAGCUCAAGGGAAAGAGCAUAAAGAUGUUCGAGAUUUGGGUCCCAGAGAGUUAUGCGGUACAUUUCACGGUUGAUGAACCGCCUCAGUUCAAGCUGUACGCUAUGAUAUCAACCCUGAUGUAA